AUGUUGUCCAGGCCGCGGGGCCGAGGCCGGUCCGGCGCCGGGGGCGAGCGGGAGCGGAGCCGCAGCGCCGACGAAGCCCCGAGUACCUCGCGCGGGUCGGGCGGCUCGCUGGCUUCCCCCUCCCCGCGGCCCACCCCCGUCUUCCCCGCCGCGGGACUCCGGUCGCAGAAGCAGCUGGAGCUAAAGGUGGCGGAGCUGGUGCAGUUCCUGCUUGUGCGCGACCAGAAGAAAGUGCCAGUGCGGCGCAGCGACAUGCUUAAGCACGUGGUGGGAGACUACAAGGACAUGUUUGCCGACCUCCUGCGGCUGGCCGCCGAGCGCCUGCGGGACGUGUUCGGAUACCGGCUGGUGGAGCUGGAGCCGCGCGCGCACACGUACGUGCUGGUGAACGCGCUGGCACCGGUGGCGGAGGACGCGGCGCUGCGCGGCGACCAGGGCGCGCCGGGCACGGGGCUACUGCUGGUGGUGCUGGGGCUUAUCUUCAUGCGGGGUCAGGCGCUGCCCGAGGCCGAGCUCUGGGACUUCCUGCGCCGGCUCGGCGUGCACCCUGCGCAGAGACACUUUAUCUUCGGGGACCCCAAGAAACUCAUCACGGAGGAUUUCGUGCGCCAGCGCUACCUGGACUAUCGGCGGAUCCCGCACACCGACCCCGCCGACUACGAGCUGCAGUGGGGCCCGCGCGCACGAUUGGAGACCAGCAAGAUGCAGGUGCUGCGUUUUGUGGCCGCAGUGCACGCCCAGGAUCCGCAGGACUGGCCGGCGCAGUACUGCGAGGCGCUGGCCGAAGAGGCGGCGCGGGCCAGGCCGCAACCGCCGGUGGGGACCCAGGUCCGGCAAGCCGUGGGCGCCGAGGGGCGCCCUGGGCGUGGAUCCGCACUCAGCUCAGGGCCGCCCACCUCCUCCCUCCCAGGUCUGCGCUCCUGA